AUGAGUUUAAUCAAAUUAAUUCUUUUUUAAAUUUUAGAAAAAGUUGCUUUAAGUUAAGGAUGUUUUGUAAAGAAUUUUAUUUAUUAUUUAGUUGAGAUAUUAAGUCUAAAAUAGUUUGAUAACAAUUACAUAAGGUGAACAUAUUGAGUUUGACAUACUUCAUUAUAUGAUAGGAGUUUCUCUUCAAUUCUAAAUUCAACCUUAUUCUCCUAAACCACUAGAGUUUCCUUAUAUUUAUUUGUAAAAAUCAUUCAUAUUGGGAAAAUUUUUUGAUGAAAUUAUUGAUAUGGAUUUAAAAUUCACCAAUCCAUUUCAAGAAUUGACUUAUUAUGCUCUUGUGAAAUUAAAUUUAGAUGACCAAAUAAGUCAUCGAAUGGUAGAAUAUACUCUUAACUCAAAAAAUGACAUGACAAUUUCUAAUAAUACCCUUAUUAUCAAUUCAGAGGUAUGUUAUCAUGUAAGAUAAAAUUAUGAAUUCUUUGUUGUUACAUGCUUGAAUUAAGAUAAUAUGCUCUAUAUUGUUAUUGAUUUUCUGCCCUUAUAAUUUAGAUAGUCUUUUUUGUUAGAUGAUAUUAAAGUGCCUUCAUAAUCUAAGGUUAUAACUAAAAUAAAACUGAAUUAUAUUGGAAUUUUAAUCAGCAAAGGAAAAAUGGAAAAUGAUGAGUAUAUAUCAGAAUAUUCUUAACUAAUUAUUUUCUAUUUUANAUCUAUAUAAUCAUCUUUAGUUUUGAUUAUAUGUUUUAAUCUUUCAAUUUGA